UAUACUAUUUGUUCUAAUAUAUAAUAAUAGUAUUUUGAACACAAUGUUUUUAGACGAAUUAGCGAAUUUCACAUUGUAACUGUAAUUGUUGUGCAUGGCAUAAAAAGCUCUGUUAGACGUCUGAGUUUGGAGAACAAGUAUAUGCCUGUUGACCAGAGCUAAGUUAGAUAAUGUUAAAGAGUGCUCUCACUAUCUCACGGUAUUGUUUUGUAGCUUUUGCACUCGUAGUUAAACACAUCCAUACAUACGUAUGUAUGUAUAAGAGUGUCAACCCCAGCCCGUUUAGUUUAGAAUCGGUAACGAGUAUUUAAACUUAGUGGCUGUGUCUGUAGGAGUACAAGUUUGCCGCUAAAUGCGCAACGAGUGAACUUUAAGCGAACAGUUGCUCAAGAUUAAUGUGGACUGGCCGCGAAAUGUAGUAGUGAACAAAACAUGCGAUUACUCUCACAGUUGCUAGACAUUAAUGAAAAGAAAGCAUUAAACUUUCAACGCAAAACUUGUUCUCCAGACGUUACUAAACGAAAAAAUGGAAGUAAAUAAAAAUGUAGAAAGAAGUCUAGCGAGUAAAAAGUGUUAACGUUUAGAACGAACAGUCGAGUGCAGAAAUUGGAAAACACAACAAAACCAAAUAUGAUGAGCGUCUCGCGAGGCCGGAGAAUCGCGACUACGCGUCCAACAGUUCAGUUAGCUUUAUGAAAGUGUCGCAAAAGGUUCGAGUGCAUUAAUUUCUGAUAAAGUAUUCGAACUUUUCUGCUACAUAUUUAUGACAAGGCGUAUUAGUACCGAAAUAAAUUUAGUGCGGCGAAAAAAUAAGUAAAUGUAAAUAACUAACAACGAAAACAGGAAUUAUUUAUACAUACAUAUAUACCCACACUGUAUGUACAUAUGCAUGUGUGAAUUUGUGUGUUUAUCCAUUACCUGUGUUGAAGGAUAUAUGUGUAGAAGUUGGUGAAAAGGUGAAAAGGUCGAAUCAAAUAGUUUGAAUAUGGAGCGAAUAUUGCGUGGCAUUAUGCGUUAUCGGAAUACGACACGCGAACAGAUGGUAAAGGAAUUCCAAAAAGUUCGUGAUCAUCCUGAGCCCAAGGCAGUUUUCUUCACUUGCAUGGACAGUCGUAUGAUACCAACCCGCUACACAGAUACGCACGUCGGCGAUAUGUUUGUAGUACGUAACGCAGGAAAUGUGAUACCGCAUGCCCAACACUUUCAGGAUGAAUACUUCAGCUGCGAGCCGGCUGCAUUGGAAUUGGGCUGUGUCAUCAAUGAUAUACGUCAUAUUAUUGUGUGCGGUCAUAGCGAUUGUAAGGCAAUGAAUCUAUUAUAUAAACUACAGGAUGAAGAAUACUCAUCACAAUUAAAUAGACGUCUGUCGCCGUUACGAUCUUGGAUGUGGACACACGCUAGCAGCAGUCUUGAUCAUUUCAAAGCUUGGAAAAAGGAAGGCAUGCAAGGUCCUUUGAUAUUCUCUUCUGAAACACCUUUACGUCGCUUUGUGGCUUAUAUUGAUCCGGAAAAUAAAUUUGCCUUAGAAGAUAAAUUGUCGCAGAUCAAUACGUUACAGCAGUUAUCGAAUGUGGCUUCAUAUGGCUUCUUGAAGCCGCGACUUGAAUCACAUGAUCUCCAUAUUCAUGCUUUAUGGUUUGACAUUUACACUGGUGACGUUUAUUAUUUUAGCCGCGGUGCUAAACGUUUCAUUCCGGUCGAUGAGAGUACAGUUGGAAAGUUGACCGAAGAAGUGCGUCGCUAUUACUCAUGACGACCGUAAUAAUAAGAUAAUAUAAUGCCCAUAUGCAUGUAGGUGGGUAGCGUAAAUACAUAUAGUUAUCAACAAAUGUAAGUUGACUGUGAUAGGAAUCUGAAUAAGUUGUAUUUAAAUGCAGCACCAAAUACUAGCCAAAUUUUUGAAUUUACAAAUUUUUAAUUUUCUUUACUGUAUCAUAAAUGCGUAUAUGUAAGUAUGUAAGUGUAAAUGCAUUAUGAAAUUAAUUCCGAAUAGAUCAGAAAUUACAUCUAAAGUACAUAUAUAUUGUUCAAAUAUAUGCUAUUACUAAUUAAAAAUAAUAACAAUAAGUCGUGUAGUUGUAAAAAUGAUUUAUUAACCGCUUAUAUUAAUGUAAAGAUAGCAUAUUAUAAUAGCUUUACACACCAUUAUUGUAACUAUAAAAAUAUGCGGCAUAUAUGUAUGUAUGUAUAAAGAUAUUUCUGUACUGUAAACUUUAAAUUUAUAUAAUAAAAAGCGUUCAAAUUUUUUUUAAAUUUCAAUAAGCAACAAUUAAUAACUAUAAAAAAUAUGUACUGAAAAUCGAGAGAACGAAAUAAGCUGAGCUGCGUUGUUUUAGAUGGUA